AUGGACGAAGGUAGUUCUCGUAAAAUAGAACCAACUCCUGUGGAAAAGACAAAACCAAAUGAACCUAGUUGUGAGCCUGAAGAUAUGGAGAUCAUUAUAACUACAGCUUGUGAUGAUGUUCCCAGUGUAACUCCGGGAAAGCAUUCGGAGUCUCCUCAGGACCUUGAUCGACAUGGUGGAGUACCAGGCACAGAAGAGCUUUGCAGCGUCACCCUUUCAGUGAAAAGCCUCUCAACUGCAUGUUCACUCGGGAAAGCCCUCCGUGUAAAUGAUGACGUCAUUGUUGGAUCCAUCGAUCUACCUAGUUUGUCAAUACUCCAUAAGAUCGCAGGAGAGCUCGUAGACAGUUGGCAGAAUGGUUUGAAAAAGGAAGAGCAAGAAGAUAAGUUCGCUAAGCUUCUCUCAGAGUACAAUAUCCCAGAUGUCAAAGCAGGCCGUGAAAAAAUAUCAAAAGCCAUUGUAACCAAGACAGACCUAGUGGACUUGUGUCAUCGCCUGAACGUUAAACCUUCUGGCGUUUUGCAGAUCAUGAGCAAAUUUGUGACCUUCCCGUCUCACAUGAUUGGCCGUAGUACUCUAAGGGUGCUUACAGAAUGGGUACACCAAGGUGGGACUAGAGAGAGGCUUCUGGAAAUUGCUCAGGCUUUCCGUUUUAACGAUGCAGCAGUAAAGAUAGCAGAAGCCAUGAAAUGCCAACCAAGCUAUAUACCUUUCCUCUCGCAUGGCAUCAUUGAUCACAAGGGUGGAGAACUGACCCUUGAUGAACUUGGUACUGCCGUUUCUAUCCCUGAAGGAGCUAUACCUAAAGGGAUGAGAUCAGUUGUUACUCUUCGCGUGUCAACUCCUGACACUCUAAGGCUUCCUGUACGGGAGGGUGAGGUAGUCAUUACACCAGUCGUAGAAAGUUCUCUGACACAAGAACUGUUAAAGCCUGCCACAGUGGUAUUACCACACUGCACCAAUCACCAUGAACGUAAAGACGACUAUUCUGUUAUCUUGUACACAAGAACUGGACCAGGAACUUUCGGUCGUAGGAACUUGACUCCAUCACAAAUCUCAAAAGAUAAGAUAACGUUUUGCACACGUCAUCUUCAAGUCUUGGCUCUGUCAUCGACUGAUCUUCAAGAACUCCAGCUGAGAUGUGUAGUCUUCCAGCCUGUAUUCAUGACUCCUGCAGAGAGACCAACUCUACGUGUGUACUUACUUCAUCCCUAUAUGAACCGUAUAGAGGUAUUUAUAUCAGAUGAUCUUUAUCUACCAUCUGAGGGCGCCCUUUGA